AGAUCAGGUGGCCCGCGCCGCAGGAUGGGAGCCGAGAGGGGACAGCAAGCAGACGCCGGGCGCGCCAGGAGUAAAAGCGCAUCACGUGGCGUCAGCAUGGCUGGGGCCGAGGAGGAGGUUGCGGCGGGAGCGGCUGCUGAGCGCGUGCAGAGCCGGCGGUUGCCUGUGCGGGGCCUCGUGGGGGAGCCGAGGCCUCCCGCGGAUUGCGCCAAGCGCUUCAUCUGCUCCUUCCCCGACUGCGAGGCCACGUUCAACAAGGCGUGGAGGCUGAACGCGCACCUGUGCCGGCACACGGGGGAGAGACCAUUUGUUUGCAGUUAUAAGGGUUGUGGUAAAGGUUUCACCAGAGACUUCCAUCUUACCCGCCACUUUCUUACGCACAGUGGAGAAAAACCGUUCGAGUGCAUGGCUGAUGGUUGCAAUCAAAAAUUUACAACAAAAUCAAACUUGAAGAAGCAUAUUGAACGUAAGCAUGACAAUCUACAAAAGCAGUAUAUAUGUGACUACGAAGGUUGUAGCAAGUCUUUUAGAAAACAUCAACAGCUAAAAGUUCAUCAUUGUCAGCACACCAGCGAACCUUUUUUCAAAUGUAAUCAUGAAGGAUGUGGAAAACAUUUUCCUACUCCAAGUAGACUAAAACGGCAUGAGAAGAUACAUGAAGGAUAUGCAUGCAAAAAAGACAACUGUUCAUUUGUUGGGAAAACAUGGACAGAACAUCUAAAACAUGUGAAAGACAGUCAUGCAGAGCCAGUAGUCUGUGAUGUUUGUUCUAAAACAUUCAAACGCAAAGAUUACCUCAGACAACAUCAGAAAACCCACGCUGAAGAAAGAGAACAAAGUCUCACAAGACAUUCUGUUGUACAUGAUCCUGACAAAGGAAAGCUGAACUUAAAAGCAAAACAGCCUCGUCCUAAACGGAGUCUGGCCUCUCGUUUGAGUGGAUAUAUUCCUCCUAAAGGACGACGACGACGAAAGAUUGAAGAGGCAACAGAAAAUGGGGCUCUGAAUAAACCUGUAGAAAAUGAGUUACCGACUGUUGAAACACUCACUCUACAUUAAAGACUUCUGGAGACAACUUUGGUUAAUUUUGACAGUUGCUUUAUCAUCACAUUGGUCAGUUUAUGUAAAAAGCUGGAUAUUUUGUUUUGUAAUCACUUCUGGUGUUUGGGUAAAGUCACUGCAAUUCAUUGGA